AGGGUAUAUUACGUCGUGGGCGUAGCGGCUCCUUGUAAUGGCGACCGUGCCGUAGAUGUGCCUAGGUUUGUGAAAAUGAAGCGAAGAAGAAGUUAUUUCUUUUAAGUAAAACGCCGAGGUUCCCCGGAGGAGGACUUUGCGUCUACAACCAUCACCUUUAUAAGUGGUAAACUUAGCUGUACUUUUGAACUUUUGUGCCCUUUUGAAAUGAUGAAGCUCAAGUCGAACCAAACCCGGACGUACGACGGGGACGGCUACAAGAAGCGGGCCGCCUGCCUGUGCUUCAGGAGCGAGAGCGAGGAGGAGGUUCUGCUGGUGAGCAGUAGUCGACAUCCUGACAAGUGGAUAGUUCCUGGAGGGGGCAUGGAGCCAGAGGAGGAGCCCAAUGUUGCUGCAGCUCGAGAAGUGUGUGAAGAGGCCGGUGUGAAGGGGACUUUAGGUCGCUUAGUCGGAGUAUUUGAGAACCAGGAGAGGAAACACAGAACCUACGUCUACGUUCUUAUUGUAACAGAGUUGCUGGAGGACUGGGAGGACUCGGUCAACAUUGGGAGAAAAAGGGAAUGGUUUAAAAUAGACGAUGCCAUACAAGUGUUGCAGUGUCACAAGCCUGUGCAGGCCACCUACUUCGAGGCUCUCCAGGAGAGUUGCCUGACCAGUAAUGGAACACCUUUGGUGGCCACGAUAGGCGGGGACCUCUCCCCUACCUACAGCAUCAAUCAGAGCUCCGUCUCGGGUAUCAGAUAACUAAAACCAUAACUCUGACACCUUUCGGGAGCUUUCACCACCACUUGCGCUCUUACUUGUGUCAUUUCUCUUUCUCUUCUCUGUUCUUCUCUUUUCUCUUUCUGUCUCAAUAACAUGGUUUGCCUUGCCAACUCCUUUGUGCCAGAACUGUGGCACAGACUUGAUGACAAGUGUCGGUUGAAUAGUCUGAAACACUUUGUAAAUGUAAAUGUAAUUUUUGACCCCUAUUUUUUUUUUUUUCUUUUUACUGACAACUGCAUGAAAUGUCCCCUCGUUCCCCUCAUCCUCUUUCCUUAACACGCCCUUAGCGUGGUGUUUAUUGAAUGCAAGAACUACUUUUUACUGUUGUAAUGUAAAAGUGUAUACUUAGUGCUUAAGCUGAAGGCUUUUGGUGGUCUUUUUAAAGUCUCCUCCAUUUGUUUUUUUCGGUUAUUUUUUCUGUGAAUGAAUGUGCCCAUUAGUGUACUCCCUCCCCCCUGUUAAUAAGGAUAGGAUAUGUCGUCUGUAUCUGGAUGAACAGAAUUGUGGGAAGUGACUUGUCUUGCAUGAGCACUGUUAUGUUGUGUCUCACUCGCUCGAGUGACCUGAUGCUGACUGUGCAACAGACUCGUGGUAAGGUCUUUUGGAUUCUCUUCAUUUUGCUCCUUAUCGUGGUUAUCGAUGUCUCUCUAAUCAGAAGGAUACGGCUCCUCGCUAGUUUUUCCAAUCUCAAGUGUCAACUGUGUUUCUCUCUUAUUUGGGAAGCUAGCCAAGCACUACAGGUUUCACUCUCAGACACAGACAUCUAUAUACUGUAAAGAGAGAGAAAGAAUGUCAACAUACAAUGUCAAAUGAACCACCUUUCUCCUCAGUGUCUUUACCUCCUUUUAAUCCUUUUUUUGUUUUCUUUUUUUAAAACCUGCUUUCUUGUGACUGACUACAAAGUCUUCCUCCACACACUGAGAGGGUAGAAGUAGUAGAUUUAAAUAAAAAAAAAUCAUGGACUUGUAAUUUCAAAAUGCAGCACAUAUCACUUAAGUUAUUAAAAACCAUUUCCAUAUUUUACUCCUCACAUUCAGUUUGGUUAAAAGCAAUUGUUUACACUGUGUUGGUAACGGCACAGGUGACUUUAGUGGGCACUCAUUAUGGUCAUUUUUUUUUUUUAUUUACCCUUCCUGUUAGUAUUUAAUCUGCAUCCCCAAAAACACUCAAAACACCUGCUUGACAUCGAACGUAAUGGAAUCUAUAAUGCUGAUGCAGAACAAACAAGCCUUGUACAGUUUGAGACCUCGUUUUUAACAUGUAAAAUGCUUUUGGAUACUAGUUCUUUUUUUUUGUUUCUUUGUUUUUAUGUUUUUUCUCUCUAACGUCUGGCAAAAGUCUCUUUAGCCGAGCUGUGUCACUUUGGCCUCGAUGUGGCGUGAGGCAGCUGGCUCAAUACUGUGAAACUGGAGGCGCUGUAGAUAGCAUGUUAGAGGUUUUUAUUGUAAAUUGUUUAUUUCUGUAUAGAUCAAAGGUGAGAGUACAAAUGACAAAACACCUCUUACACAUCUGUGAGUCCGACGUGUCAUUUCAACUGAGGCUGGAGGGACAGAUUGAUCUCGUGCCGUUGGCUUUGGAGCUGUUGGGGAAUUUUCUCUAGAGAGAGAGAGAGAGAGAGCUUACAGCACAUCAGAGGCUAAAGAACAAGGACUGAGGCUGUUGGUGAGAGUUAAGAGCCUAUUUAUAAGCAAAUAUUCUGGAAAUCCUUUUCUUUUUCUUUUUUAUGGCAAAACAGAUUUGUGACAGUGAGAAAUUACUGUUCUUUGGCUACGUUAUAGUCUGAGUUUCCAAAACCACUACUUAGUUUAAAAGUAAAGCCAACCUGAAGCUUCUUUUCUGGCCAGCAGCUGUUCCACUUUCCCCAGUUUUCCCACUGAGGGUUUCUUUUGUUGGUCUUUCUCAAAAACUUCCAACAUGAUACUGUGGUUUUCUGUCCAUACUCAGAUCUGUAAGAUUUUUUCUUGGCCACUUGCGUGCAAUGGAAACAAGCUGUAAACGUUACUCUAAAAUCAGUUUUUUAGGUUUAUAUGGAAAACUUGUUGGCAAACAGUUGCCUGUUGACACAUCUGUUUGUGUCCGCUUGAUAAAAGUAAUGCUGUGUUCACACUUUGAGCAACACAGCAACAGUGUGGCCAGCUGAGUUGCCGUUGAAGUGUUGCUCAAGUGGUCGUUGACGUAGUUACAUCAUCACGGGCCUGUGCGUGUCUGCUGUUGGCGACAAAUGCUGUAAUCCAGUGUACUUGAAACUUUGAAAAAAAAAAGAAGCAACGUCUGACAUGGAAAAGUGUGACCGAACAGUCCUCUAGGUCGGAAUUUAGAGUUGGACACUAAGGCGAGAUCCGUCGAGUUCGCCAACAUAAACACAUCUGAAGUCACAGCAACAUGGCGGCAAACAAAGUUAACCUAGCGGAAUUACCUUUUUCAUCAGUUUCACUAUUUGUAGUGUUUGUGUGUGUUCUACAACGUAACACUAUUGACUGUGGUUCACACUAUUAGGCUCGGCACAUAUUAAAACCAUUUUGAACUGCUGUACGUUAUCUAAAUGAGCAAAGACAAGCAAGACAGUUGACUGACUUUACACGCUGUUUCUUGUCGCUAAUGGAUCGAAGGUGGGAGCAUCUACUCGGAAAUUAUCGACUUUGUUGCAGUAGAUUGCAGGAAAAGCACCGCGACUUAACAGCAUCUAAAACUUGUAUUUGGUAGCGGCAAAAUCAACACAAAACAAAAACAUGAUUGGUUGAGGCCUCACUGGAGCACUGAAAAAAUUGAGGCCAGCUCAACUUUAAGUGUCUGGCGUCAGUUUGUAGCUUCAUGUCACCGCCUUCCUUUGAAAAUGACUUACAGCCUGUUGCUCUGUUUCUCACAGUGUGAACACAGGCUUCAGACCACCUCCAAAUGUGGUCUGGGUGAUUGGAUCUCAAGACGUGUUAGCUUUCAUACGAGUUGUCAUGUCAGCCAUGGUUAUUAUAGAGACAUUGAUUGUAGCAGCGCUAAAUUGUUUAUGGAUACUAAACUCUUCAGUCAUUUCAAUACAGAUUAGUCUCAGUACUCAAACUACAGCUCUGAUACGGUUUUGAUCGUGCGCCUAUUGCUAAGGCUCAUGGGAGCUGUAGUUUUUGGAUGCAGACAAAGUUUAAUUGUUUAAUCUUGGUUAUAAUGAUGUGGUGCUCAAAGGUGACCGACCAGUACUGUAGCAGACGCUCAUUUAACUUUGAUUAUGGACAGAAGACUCCAGUAUCAUGACUCAGUCCUUCAAAAAAGCCUUCAUGGGAAAUUAGACUGAGAACUGAGAGCUGGUGGAUCAAGAGCUAACCUAGAAAAGAGGCAGGAAGGAUCUCUACAGUGACAGCAGUGGUGGUGGUCGUCUUUACUCUUGGUGUUUUCUCCCAGUUGUUUGAAGGGGCACAAUCCGGCCAGCAAAUUUAACUUAAGACGGAGUCCUUUAUACUCCCUGAAUAAAGAGAAAAACAUUUAGUGAACAUGGAAGGAGUGUGGAGUCUCCUUCACAACGGUUUGAGACUUUGACCUCAUUUUAUUGCUGCGAAUCAGAAAGGUGCAGUGGCCAAAGUCUUACUUUACGAUGCCCUAUUUGGCACUUCAUGAGAGUUCGUGUUGAUUAGACCUUUAAGUCUUUAUUGAAAUGUGCAAUCGGAUGUUAAGGGGAUGAUAUACGGUUAAAAAAUUUCAAAUUCUCUUAAAGUAAUUGGUGAUUUAAUUAGCUCUUGGUGGUUGGAUGCGGGUGACAGGUACUGUCAAAAUGAAUGUGAGGAGGAUUUCCACAUGUAACAGCCAGUGACUUAAUUAUUAAUGACCACUUGUUUUUGAUCCAUACUUUUGUUUUUAGUUUGUUCUUUAAUCUGUUGUGUUGUUGACAAGCUAAUGUCUUGUAAAUAGCUAACACAGCACCCUUACAGCCAGAGGACGCACUUUGGCAAUGGUUAAUAAGGAUUAGAGUCCUUUUUUUUUUUUUUAAACAAUUCCCUUCUAACUCGAAAUUUAGGCACUUCCUGACAGUUGUAAAGGGAUCAGGGCCGGAGUUCAGGAGGGAAUUUAUGAAGUACAUGUCUCCAUAUGAGCAUGCCAGAGUUAAUGUGGAGUUGAGAUGGAGCAUCUACCCCAUCUCAAUGGGCUCUUUUGUAUGACAUUAAAGCUUCUGAACUUUGGGGAAGACAAUUAAAAAGAGAGCUUCAAAACAGCCACUUCCUUUCCUAACCAAAGGUGAUGGUUUGAACAUGUAUUGCCCCAUCUUGUGGCCAAAGCAAAAAAUAUAUUAAAAGCACAUCACUUUGCAGCUGAGGAUUAUAACAGUAUCCUUUAGCGUGAGAGCCAAAUGGUCAUUUUCAUAACUUAAUGAAUUUAGUAAUUAGACAUUAACUGAAAAAGCUCUUAAAAAAAAGAUCGACCCAAAAUACUAGUAAUUGACUAACAAACUAAACACAUGUGCACCUGACCUCAGCCUUGAAGUGACAUUCUCCAAGGUAUACGUGUCACUGGAAUUUUUCUUUUCCUCUCUUUUGUCAUUUGGGACUGUGGAAUAAAACCAGUGUGAGAAGACUGAAGAUUGUAAUAUAAAUGUGCCAACAAAUAAACACCAGUAUUUCACA